AUGAUGAUCUUUAGCACUAUCCUGCUUGGCCUUUGCGUCGCCAUUCCACUCACCAAGGCCGCUGCCCUGCCCACCGUGGAUGCUGGUGAUUCCGUCUAUGAGAUCUUUUCUCAAAUUUAUGACGGAGACGAAAUGGUCACCAAUCCGAACAUCAGCAUUGGCGCUCUUACCACCAGCACCGUUAGAAAGCGCCAGCACGAAGAAUGCUGGAGCAACUACUUGACGACGAGCCGGAACCAGGAGGCCUACAUCGACGACUGUGAGAACAUUGCUCAACGUCUGGCGAACUCCAACUUGCGCAUCGACCUUCCCCCCGGGAGGUCCGAGGUGUUCAAAUCCGGCCAGUACCGCUGCAAGAUCAUCAUUCGCAACCAGAGUACCUGCCGGUCCUACAACCCGUACCGUGCCACACUUGGAAUUGCGGCCCAGGAUACUAUGGACUCGUGCGGUAGCCCGUCCAAGUAUAGCGGCUGGGGCUAUUUGACUGGUAACCGAAACCUGAUCUACAUCGUGGAGCCUGAGGAUAUCAGCCCCCCUACCUACUCGCCUGCGUGUAACUGA